AUGUCUAACGCGUUAUCUGAGCAAACGUCAAGUGCUGCAUCUUCUGGAGAUUUUUGUGUUGUCUGUGGUGACAAAGCUAUCGGAAAACAUUAUGGAGCAGUCGCUUGCAAUGGAUGUAAAGGGUUUUUCCGACGAAGUGUUUGGCAAAAUCUACAGUAUACUUGCCGUUUCAACAAACAAUGCAAUAUUGAUAAAGACCAUCGUAACGCCUGCAGGUAUUGUCGUUUUCAAAAAUGCCUUGCUGAUGGCAUGAAACCAGAAGCAAUUCAAAAUGAAAGAGAUCGAAUUGGUAGCACCAAAAGGAGAAAGAGAAGUGGAGCAAAUUCCGAAAACAAUUCGGAUUCUGAAGGAAAUACACCGAGCCCAAAAAUGGAUAAUGUUAGCAAUUCAGUUUCAAGAAAACUUAUUGAAAUGCUAAUUGAUAUUGAAAAUCGAUUGGUGAAUAAUCAAAAUAUGAAUGCUUUACUUCGUGAUGAAGCUGAACAAAAAAACAGUCGACAAAGAGCUGUUAAUCAUUUGAUUGGCUGGACCAAUAUGUUGCAUCCACUUCCAGAAGUUCCGUUAAGUGAUAAGGUCAGUUUUGAAAGAUUUCGGAUUGAGAAAGAACGAAUCAUACUACGUCAUCCUAUCCGUUCUUUCUCUUCAUCGGAAAUACCCAAAAAUAAAUAAUAAAAAUAACAUUUGAUCUUUCAGGUAUUGUUGAUCAAAAAAUACGCGCCGGCCUUCACAUUGUUGGGAACAUUGCAAAGAAGUAUUGCCUUGGCACACUUUGUUCUUCCAAAUGAUCAAUUGCUCAGUUUAAGUGCUUCUCAUCCACCAGAGCUUAUUCAAGCUCUUACAAGAAUCAUUGAUGAAUUGCUUACUCCAUUGAGAAGAAUGCAUACCGAUCAAGCAGAAUUUAGCUGUCUCAAAGCAUUGCUUUUGUUGAGCCCUGAUGUUGUUGGAAUGUCACAAGUAUCCCGUGAAAAAAUUCGUGAUGCCAGAGAUGCUCUUUUGAAAGCUCUUUUCGCAUACUUGACCAACACACAUUCUUCAAUGGAUGCUUCACUUCGUGUCAGUUCAUUGCUCAUGAUCAUCCCAUCUUUGAUCUCAGUUAGUCAAGCAAUUAUGGAAUAUCCUGCUUUAGGUGAUCUCUUUGGCCUUGGUGAUAUGAUCAAGCGCGAAGCUGUCAGUCCAGUUAUCAAACCGUAAGUUGAUUGAUCAAAUAAAUUAAAUCAAAAUAAUGAUGAUAUCUUUCCAGUGAAUCACCAAUCCCAUUCACCCCACCAACACCAAACUUGUUGCUCAAUAAGGAAAUGAUUAGUCAACUCAUCAACAAUCCUCAAAUAUUCUCUCUCUUCCCAUCUACAAUGCAACAAAAUCUUCCACUCACUUCAAGUCCCCCCGUUUCAUCCCCAAUCCAAUUUUCAACAAAUACAGUACCUGAUUACAGUCAAGUACCUGUCAAAGUUCUCCUUUCUUAA